UCUCUAUACAUUUUUGACAAAAAAAAAAUACAAAGUUAAAUUAGGUUAUGCAAUUUUUUUUCUAUCAAAGUAUUGGAGGGAUCAAGGAGAUACUGUAGAGAUUAGAAUGGAAGGCAUCCUCGGAUUAUUGAAGUUGCGAGUGAAGAGAGGGAUUAAUCUUGCAGUUCGUGACGCCAAAAGCAGCGAUCCUUAUCUCGUUGCAACCUUGGAUGGCCAGAAAACAAAGACUAAGGUCAUCAAGGGGAAUUGCAAUCCUGUCUGGGAUGAUGAAUUGACUCUCACCAUGAGGGAUCCUAAAACUCCAAUUAGUAUUGCUGUGUACGACAGGGAUAGGUUUAGCAAUGAUGAUAGUAUGGGUGUGGCAGACAUAGAUGUGAAACCCUACAUUGAAUGCCUUAAAAAGGGUUUGGACUUGAAAAACGUCCCAAAUGGUACAAAACUCGAACGUAUCCAACCCAAAAAGCAAAACUAUUUAUCCGAUGAGAGUUGCAUCGUUUGGGAGAAUGGAAAAAUUGUACAAGACAUGGUCGUUCGAUUGACGGACGUUGAAUGCGGUGAAGUUGUACUUCAAAUAGAGUUGAUUCCUGUUGCGGGUUGUAAAUUACAUGUCUAGAAAACCAUAUAUGGUUGGAUUUUUUCUACUUUAUUUCCUAUGUGUAUGAAAUAUAACCUAGUAUGUUUACGUUUUAUAAACAAGAUUACACUUACG